AUGGCUUCCGGUUACGGUAACAGCGGUGGUCCCGGACGCUGCUAUCCCUUCUGGCAAGAGGUUCUUGGUUGCUACGUUGUGAACUCGGACGAUGGUGCCACCGGCAAGAAGAAGUGUAUGCCCGCCCUGGAGGACUACUAUGAGUGCCUUCACCACCGGAAAGAGGCUCUCCGCACUAUGAAGAUGCAAGCUGCCUAUCGCAAGGCCGAGGCCGCACACCCGCGAGAGAACGCCCCUAAGGCUGAGCAAAUCCGGAGCUUGGGUCUACUUGGAAAGGAAGAAGAGGCAGCCAAUGUGCUGAGUUAA